AUGAAGUUUUCAGGUAUUCAAGUAUCGAUUCUAGCACUUCUGCGUGUAUGUCUAGCUGAAGCAGACUCAGGUGAGGGGAAUCAAGAAGCUCUCCCUCAUGCCAACUUCGAUAUCACUUAUGAGUGCCUCGAAAGAGAUGUCGGAGGGCUGUCCUCCUUCAUGGAAUUUGAGAACGGUGACAAUGCUACUCUCCAAUACAAGUUCACAAAUAAAGAAGACCUCAAUGUCUCCGUAGUCGGGUUGGGGGGCCGCAUUUACGAUGUUCAAAAAAAUGAAGAUGCCGCCAACAUAAGCGCUUCAGCAAUUGGUCCACUUGACGUCGAUGUCAACGGGACCACGGAAUUCCAGCAUGUGAUUAAACUGGUGUUGAAAGAGGGUGACUAUGUGCUUUCACCAGAUGUCUACGUUCAAAAAGAAAAUGAAACUAUGAGGGUCGUAACCAACCCUAGCCUUAUAAGGAUCCUACCACCACCAAUGUCUUUCUUCAAUCCUAAAUUCAUGCUCGUUCAAAUGGUGCUUGGCGCUUUAAUUGCGGCCUUUUCUUACUUCACCUUUUUCAAGCCAUCCGCCUCUUAUGGUCGUGAUGCCAAAAAACUGAAGCCUGAUGGGUCUGUUUCACGAAUGGAUUCUUCGUGGCUCCCAGAAAACCACCAAAAAAAGAAAUAG